AUGCUAACAGAUGGUGGUAAAUCUUUAUGUUAUCAAUUACCAGCUGUUCUUGAUACUAGUGUUACAUUGGUUUUUGCAUCUUUACGUUCACUUAUAUUUGAUCAAAAACAACGAUUCCAUUUCUUAAAUAUUUCAUGCCAUGAUUUUCGUCGUGAUUAUUCACAACUUGGUCAAUUAAAACUUAAUUAUCCAAAAAUAAAUAUAACAUUAUUAACAGCAACAGCAACAUUACGUGUACAACAAGAUAUUCUUCAGCAACUUAAUAUAACUGGAAAUUAUAAAUUAUUUACACAAUCAUUUAAUCGAUCAAAUCUUAUUUAUGAAUGUAUAUCAAAAGAAAGUAAUGAUCUAGCACUUAGUCAAAUAGCAAAUUUAAUUAAAAUAAGUUAUCAAAAUCAAUGUGGUAUUAUUUAUUGUUUUUCACGUGCUGAUUGUGAUCGAGCGGCUCAAUAUUUAUUAGCUCAUAAUAUUCAUGCACUUUCUUAUCAUGCUGGUUUAAAUGAUUCAUUACGACAAACAAUACAUAUGAGAUGGAUUAAUGAUGAAUGUCAAGUUAUUUGUGCAACAGUAGCAUUUGGUAUGGGUAUUGAUAAAAAUAAUGUUCGCUUUGUUAUUCAUUUUUCGAUGCCACAAUCAAUUGAGGGUUAUUAUCAAGAAUCAGGUCGAGCUGGACGUGAUGGUGAAAUUGCUAAUUGUCAUCUUUUUUAUUGUUAUGAAGAUUUUAUUAAAAUGAAACGACUUAUAUUAUAUGAUGAUGAAUCGAAAUCUUCCAUGCAAACAAAACAAGUUCGUAUUAAUAAUAUUAAUCGUGUUUAUGAUUUUUGUCUUAAUAAUGUAACUUGUCGACGAACACAGCUUUUAGAAUACUUUGGUGAAUUAUUUCCAUCAUCUGAAUGUAAACGUAUAAUAUCAACUGAAUGUGAUAAUUGUCGACAAGUUACAUUAUUAAGACAAUAA